AUGGAAUUUUUUUAGGAAGAAGAAGAAGAACAUCCAGAACAAAAAGGAUGUUGUGCCUUUUUAACAGUCCAAUAUUAUUAACCUUACUUCAAUGUCUCUGAAGAUGAUGUGAUUGAUAGAAUCAAAGCCUCCUUUCUCCCUUUCCGAAAAGACUUUCAUGAGCGCGUUGCAGGAAAUCCUGAUCUAUGGGGUCCUUUAUGGAUAAGUGCAACAAUUAUCUUCCUAAUUACAGCUGUCGCAAAUAUCAACUAAAUGAAUUUCGAAGGAUAAACAACAUAUUCAGUAGACUAUGUUCCUUAAUCAGCAGCACUCCUGUAUUGCAUAAGUUUUGGAACACCUGUCAUACUUACAAUCGUAAUGAAGAUUCUUGGCAGCGAUAUCCGAUUCUUUCACACCGUGUGUCUUUACGGCUAUUCAAUGUCAAUUUUGAUGCCCAUAACCAUAUUGUGCGUAUUACGAAAUUCCUAUGUUUAAUGGUGUUUAGUUGGCUAUGGAAUGAUCAGCUCCUCAAGCUUCUUAAUAAUGGGAAUGAGAAAAAUAUUAGGCGAUUUAGAAUAAGCCAAAAGAUACAUCAUUGUUGGAAUAGUUUUAGCCAUGUAAUUUAGUCUAUAUCUGCUAUAUAAACUAGUAUUUUUUAAAGUUAUAGAAAAGAAUUCAACAGAAUGA